AUGUCCAACUUCAUCUCAACCACAAAACUCCACAACACCCGCGUGCUCCUAAUCGGAGGAACAUCAGGUAUCGGAUUUGCCGUCGCCAGAGCCUCCCUCGAGCACGGCGCCUCGGUGAUCCUCGCCUCAUCCAGCCCCGAAAAGGUCCAAACCGCCAUAGACAGACUCAAGGCGCUCUACCCCGAGGAACCCUACGUCUCGCGCAUCGCAGGGAAGCCGUGCGACUUGGGCAACGAUGAAACGGUUGAAGAUAACAUCGUGAGCCUGUUCAAAUAUGCCACGGCGAAGGAUCUCUUCGGUGCAUCAGAGGGCGGUGGUGCUGGUGACGGUAUAGUCCCAAUCAACCAUAUAGUUCUCACAGCAGGCACAAUGCCACGCAACCUACCACCCACAGACCCCGGUGUGGACGUCGCCUAUCUCCGCUCCCUAAAUACCGUGCGGUUCAUUGGGGGUGCUCUCGUCGCGAAACACGCGCCGACGUAUCUGCCCUCGCCGGCCUCGGCGUCCAGCUCCAUAACCUACACAUCGGGCGGUCUGAUCUCGCGGCCUAGACCUGGGAUGGCGCUUGGGAUUGCGGGUGGUGCGGCUGCUGAGGGGCUGGCGAGGGGGCUGGCUGUUGAUUUGGCGCCGGUGAGGGUGAAUGUUGUUUCGCUUGGUCCUGUGAAGACCGAGCUGUUUGAUUUGUUUGGAGAUGAGAAGACUGUUGAAGGGGUUUUGGAGUCGUUUGGGAAGGAGACGCUCCUUGGGAGUGUGGGGGUGCCGGGGGAUGCGGCGGAGACGUACUUGGGAUUGAUGAGGGAUAAUUUUGUUACGGGGACGAUUGUGAGGAGCGAUGGUGGGUUUACAUUGAAGAAGUUUUAG